GUUUUAGCAAAUCCUAGACAGGACUCAAGAGCUCAACUUCAACAGGCGAGACGCAGUGCAAACGACAGCUACAAGCUACCAGCGCAAGAACCCGAGUCCCCGAGCGAACUGCUUUAAGUGCCACCUAACUUUUGAACUCGAAAUUUGCUACAUAAUCCUUAUCAUUAGGAGACUGUUGCGACGCAGACUGCUACCGGUCAAAUCAUUUCCCCGUAGCAACGAGGGCUCUCUGCUUUUCUUCGACGGAGUUUCCUGCAGCAUAGGCACUUGAAGCCUGACCACUGCAGCUGUUUGUGGGAGCCGGGAUGGCGUAUACACACCGGCCCUCCAUCCUACACCGGCCAGCACGCGCACAGCCUUCCCGCGCGACCGAAGAAAGCGUGGAGUCCCAGUAUGAACGCGAGCAAGCCCUGCUGCGCGCCAAGAGCGCCCGGCAGCAGGAGGCGCACACGCGCCUGCUGCGCAGCCUGCAUCCGCAGCAGGAGGACAAGGCCGCAGCUUGGGAGGAGCUAGUGGCAGCCAACAGCCUGCUGGCCAGCCGGCGCCCCGAGCGGGAGGAGCCGCAGUCACAGAUCCCCUCGCCAGACGCGCAGACCGCGCUGCCCGAGGGGGCGCGGCCGUGGCACCACGCCACGGCCACACAGCAGUACUCACUGGAGGCGGAGGAGGCCGCGCGACGCCGCUUCGCCGCGGAGGUGGCGGCAGAGAACCAGCGCCUGGCGCGUGAGCGCGAGCUGGCUCGGGCCAUGGAGCGCCAGGCGGAGCGCCGGGCCCCCGCCGACCCCAUCACCUGGUACAGCCGCGGCGACUCGCACGCCUUCGCACAGGCGGUGCUGUUCACGGACAACGGCGUGCCGGCGCCGCCGCGCGCACCCCACAUGUCGCCGCGGACGGAAGCGGCGGCCGCCAGCAGCAGCGCAGCGGGUGGCAUGGCGGGUGCGGCGGCGCAGCAGCAGCAGUCGCGCCCGGGCACGGCGGCGGCGCCGUGGGCAACGUGGGGGGAUGCGGAGGGUAGCGAAGGGGCGCUGGGUGCGAUUGGACGUGUGCUGUUGGCGCAUCCUAGCUGGUCAGCGGUUUGCCGUUACUGGGAUGCGCGAGCGUCUGUGUCUACUGUCUUCUGAAAGCAGAAGGGGAAGUCUGUGUCUACUAUGUG